AUGGAGCAGUACAAAAUUGAUGAAUUUGAGAAAACUUACACUUCACAAGAUGCACUGCAUUGGUAUACUAAAGACUCAUUCGCGUAUCGCCUUUUGAACAAGGCGCUGAGAACACGAAAUACUGAAGUCAUUCAUGCCUUUCGUUUUUUCAUGGUUGAUCUUCAUCAACAAAUUCGUGAAUUGCAUUGGAAACAGAUGCAAGGAAAAGAUGCAAGAGUAACAACGCUUUAUCGAGGGCAGUUGUUACCAAAAGACGAGUUAGAAGAGCUCAAGAAUCAAAUUGGUAAAAGAAUUACCAUGAAUGGCUUUUUAUCAGCAUCUUCAUCAUCCUCGAUAGCUUUGCUCUACUGUGGCGAAGGUAAACAACGUCCAUUUUAUGAAUCAGUCUUCUUACAAAUUGAUCUUCCCUCUUAUGGAUUGGAUCCGGCGAUGCCAUAUUGCAGUAUAGCACACCUCAGUGAUUUUGAAGUGGAGCAUGAAUAUUUAUUCAAAUUCGGAACUAUCUUUGAAGUUAUAUCGAUAAAUGAGCUCACUGAAGAGAUCUGUCAAAGUAGUAUUCCAAUUGGAUGGUUUGUAGAUAAAAAAUCAAUGAAUAAUGUAGAGAUAAAUACAUUUUCUGAUGCUUUAACAGCAGCGAUGAAUUUAACUGAUUCAUUUUCAUGGCCAAUAGAUCAAUAUACUUUUCAAUCAUUUCAUAAAAAUGUUAAUGAUGUUAAUAUUUAUUCACGUGCUCAUCGAAUUUAUAAUCGAUUAGAAUCCGGUGCAAUUGGUACAGUAUCAAAUAUCGAUAAUUCUAAAACUCGUUUACUUGAAUUAUUUAUGAAACGUGAUGAAGCAUUUGAACGUUAUCAAGCAAUGAUGGUUGCACAAGCAUGA